CCCAGUUUGAACAGACCGCCCUUCCCAUUUACAGUAGACUCCCAACGGGCACACUUAUCGAUCGUAGAUCUAGAGAGUUCAUUUCCCCCCAUUUUUGGGUUUAAAAAAUUGUUCGAUACAAAAAUAAAUAGACCGGAGCGAUAACUAGUAAUCGGAGCAUCAUGGAGAGAGCAUCACAGAGACUGGGCAGUGCGUUGUCCGGCAGCGGCAUCCACUCGGCAGCCUCGGUCAUCACAAAGCCAAAGCGCAAGAGGCAGCGGCUGCCCACCUUCGAUCUGUCGCUGGAGCAGAAGGUGGACAUCAAAAAGGCCUUCGAUCUGUUCGAUACACAGUGCUCCGGGUUCAUCGAGACCAAAGAGCUCCGAGUGGCCAUUCGUGCCUUAGGAUUCGAGCCGAAGCAGGAGGAGAUCCGUCGCAUGAUGGACGAGAUCGACAAGGAUAAGACGGGUAGGAUUGCGUUCAACGACUUCCUCUACCUGAUGCGCCAGAAGAUGGCUGAGAAGGACUCAAAGCAGGACAUGGCUAAAGCCUUCUCCUUCUUUGACGACGAUCGCACCGGAAAGAUAUCGUUCCGGAACCUGAAGAGAGUGGCCAAGGAGCUGGGCGAGAACCUCACCGACGAGGAGCUGCAGGAGAUGAUCGACGAGGCUGAUGCCGACGGCGACGGCGAGGUCAGCAGGGAGGAGUUCCUCAACAUGGUCAAGAAGACUAAUCUGAUCUAGGGUCCACUCCCCUACCCUCGUUCCAUACCAACUCAUUCACUUUCUAUUUGUUGCGGGGGAAACGACGUUGAUUUUCUUUCAGAAACAUCUAGGUUUACUCGAUCCAGACACACACUGCGCACAUCUCCACUCCAAACUUCAUCCAAAUGUACACACUCAGAUCAUGAAGAAGUUUGGAUAUGCUUCGGUUCAAUAAAGCAAAACAAUGCAAAUGAA